UUUUAGUUCAACUCUUGAAGCGGCCAAGUUAAUGAGGCGAACGGAGACGCGUGAAUAAAAAUACCAAUAACUAUCUCAAAAUAAAAGUAUCUUAAAAAAAUUCAAAUUGUAUCUUUUGCAAAAAAAAAAAGAAAAAAAAAAUAAUUUCAAAUUAAUUUAUUGAUAAUUAAACGUUAAAUAAGAGGUUUAAAAAAAAUUGCAACAAAUUAUAAGUUAUACAAUAAGGUGCCUGUCCCCUUCCCCCAAAAAAAAAACCUGUGCGAAAUAUUUUCUGAAAUGAUUUUGAAUUUGUGACACAUAAGAUUUGAAAAUAAAUUUUGGAAUCCUAUCUACAUACCUACAUAUGUACGUCUUAUGAAAUUGUGGGUGUUUUUAAUUUUUACAUUCAUUUCGUUUUUCUGUAUUUUACCCUUGAUAAAUUAAUAUUUUAAAAGAAAAAGAGUAUCGCCGACAACGUUCUGUUCUGUGUGUUCGAAUAAUUAUCUAGAGGUGAUUUAUCUAUUUUUAAACCGACCGACCGCAACCCGAAGUCGUGAAGAGUGUUUGAGAAUACAAAAAUUUUAAAAUUUUUAAAUUUCAAAAGAAAAAAGUAAAAAAGAAAACCUGUGAUAUACUUACCAGUGUGUGUCUCUAAUCAAGUUAAAAAGAAAUCAACUUUAAAAGAAUUCAAAAAGCAGUUAUAAGUCAUAAUUUAAUUAGAAAAAAGAAUAAAAUAAAAACAUGCCAAAUUCAAAUGCAACAACAACAACAAACCCCGCACAGGGUGUCCCAAAUGCAAAUGGAACUUAUAGCAGCACACAGCAAAUACCAAUAAAUCACCAUCACCAUAAUGCAGCAACAGCUGGCAUGGAUAUGCCUCAAGGAUAUCAUCAACACCCAUCACAAGCUGGCUUUGGUUCGCCUAGCGGUGUCGGUGGUGGAGGUGGAAGGCAAUCACAAUUUCCACCACACUUUCAGCAAGACUUUGGUUUCGAUCCUGACAUAGAUGACAUGUUUUCCGAUGCUGGACUGCGCUCACACUUGGGUCGAAUGCGUGACCCCUUCGGCACAUUUGGAUCACGUAAGCGUAGUGGCAAAAAUCCAUUACAUUCUGUUUCUCCUUCUUAUUAUGAUGAUGAUCCAGAUUUUCCCCAAUUCGGUUCGCUAGGUCGGGCAAGGCGUGCUGGAACUGGCGCUGGUAUUCCGAAAGCAACCGAUGGCAUGCAACACGAUGAUUUCUUCGAGCGUCUACCCCCAGAGUUCAGACAAUACAUCCCAGACGGCUUUGGAAGUAUGCGGCGUCAAGGCAGUGCUGGAGGUGGUGGUGGUGCUGGUGCAGCUGAGUCUCCACGCAUUCCCACUCAACAACCACAAUAUUAUCAAACCUAUGUGCAGCCCGGAACAACUCCCCCACAGGCAACUCAUCAUCAGCAGCAGCAGCAACAGUCACCUCCGGUGCAAAUGCGCAACGUGUGUGAUGCAGCUAUUCAGACAGAAGACCCAUCCGGAGAUAGGAAUCGCAGUGAGGUCGAUGGACAUCAUCUGAAUACCGACAAUUUGAAUCAUCAUGGCUUGAGGAACACAGUGGAUAUGGGCGUGAGGACCCCAUCCGAGAGCGAGGGUCACAAUUCGAGAUCUCAUUCGGCUCCACCACAGCAACCGGAUCAAAAUUACCCACAAGAUCAACAGGGCUUCCAUUCUCAAGGUACCGGAACCCAACGUAACACUCCACCACCGCAGCAACAGCAGAGACAAUACCCAGCAAAUCAGCAACCUCCCCGGUUCCCAAAAGCCUACAAUCCUCAGACCUAUCCAUCGCAUCCCCAACAACCUCCUACUCCCCAGACUCCCGGAGGCAGCUACAUCCGAACAAUUCCGAUCUUCGUCGAAGGCCGCUCUGAGCCAUUGAUCAACCACAAAGAUAUACCCCAAGCCGAGUCCCAGCCCAAUCAAACCUAUACCAAAGCUGCUCCUCAAGCCCAACAGCAACAGCACCCCCAGCAACAGCAAUAUCAACAACAAGCCCCACAGCAUCACCAAAACCGUCCAACUCCCAUCAAUACUCAACAACAGCCAACGGCACAGCAACAGCAGGGUCCACCACCCGCAACACCUCACACCAUGGAAAGCAUUAACAAGAUCCAAGACAUCCAGCGGGACGUCCUCAAUCUGAUGACACAAGUCGAGAAAUUCAGCGGGCUCCGCAAGGACAAGGAGUACGCGUAUUUGGACGAGAUGUUGACUCGUAAUCUUCUCAAACUUGACACCAUCGAUACCCAAGGAAAGGAGAGCAUCCGGUUGGCUCGCAAGGAAGCCAUCAAAUGUAUUCAAGCCUCGAUCAAUGUCCUCGAGGCAAAGGCUGAAGAAAAUGCUAAGACUGCACAACCACAAGAAGCUGUGAUUGGAAACGCCAACGCCAGCAAAGAGGAUGCCACAAAUGCUGCAGAGCCCGCUGAGGCACAACCCAUUGAUGUAUCAAAUGUCCACGAAGCAAUUCCGUUGCCACCACCAGAGUCUCUUAAGACUCAAGGUAGAAGUUCUUCUGAUAAUGUUCCCGCCGUCGCCUCGAAUAAAGGACCAAGUCCACCAAAGGAGAGCAGUACUGAAGCCACCAACAGCACCACCAACGCAGCUGUCACAAAGUCUGGCUCUGGGUCAUCGACUAAAGGUGAAUCGGUAGCCGAAACUAAGUCCGAAUGAUGACAGCAGAGAAAAGUCACAUCUUAUAGUAGUUCAUUUUCCAAUCAAAAGCAAAAUCACAAAAAGAAAACCGUUAUUUCUAAUAAAGUUGUGUAAGAUUUGUAACGAAAAUUACGAAUGCAAUGUUUCUCAUUUCUUUCUCAAAAUUUUGUUUCUUUUUUUGUUUUGUUUUUGGUUUAAUUUUGUUUCCAUUUCAUUCGCUUUGUUUGUUUAUUUUGUUUUGUUUCGUUCCGUUUUCAAUUCGUUUCUUAAAAAUGUUGGACAAUUUCAAAUCGUUCCACAGCAUGAUGAUGUUCUUCGAUACCAGAAAAGUUCUUUUUCUGUCAACUGGUCCAUUAAAAACAGUGUUUUGUUGAGCGGCUUUCUGUUUCACAUUCCAAAACGUUCCACAUCAGACUACGUCAUUACAAGAGAAUCAAUAUUUCUAUGGCUUUUUAAAGGCAUGAUUACAUUUGGUAUGAUGUGUAAUAUUUUGAAAAUGUACAUAAAAGGAGCUCAACAAAAUUGCUAAGAAUAUUUCAUUUCGAUAUCGUUCCAUCUCACUUUAACUUAAUUGCUCGCAAUUCAUUUCUAUUGCAACACAUUUGUGAGUUUAUUUAUUUAAACUGAAAUGUCAGACGUCAAAGUAUAACAAAUAAAAAAAUAUUAAAGCAGUAAAAAAUUGCAAAGAACUAUGUUCACAUUUAAUUAAUUAUCACAAUUUUCUUUAGUUCCUGAUAUUUUUUCCACCUUAAUUCCAAAUUUUAACAAUAAAAAUUGUAAAAAGAAAAAUGUAAAAAGUUUUAAUAUAUCAUUUUGAUCCCAUAAUAACUCCUAUUUAACAAAGUAAUUAGGCGUGUUGUAUUGGCCUUCUUACUGUGCUUAUUCUGAAAUGCAGAAUAUUGAUUCUGUUUUCAAUAAAACACACUUAAUGUAUUUUAAGUUCGAUAAGGUAUUUUUUAGCGUGCACUUAAUUACUAAAAAAUAAGACAUUCACUUUUGAAUACAUUUUACAUCCUUAAAAAAAGUCAUGCCAUUUAAUUAUAACAAUAAAGUUUUACUAUUAAACUUAUUUAACUUUGAAAACAAUAUUAAUUUUAAUUUUUUGAGCUCAUAACGUUGUACGUUUCCCAUUUUGUAAGAAAACCAUUAUUUUAAUGUUUUAAAAAUUAAAUUAAAAGAUUCACAUAGAUUUAAAAUAAGCAAACAUUUGAGACUAGUCUAAUAGAAAAAAAAUUGUGCAAACAAUGUUUUUAUUUCUUAUUUUAAAUUAAUACAUUUUUUAAACAUCUUUCACAAAAACUUAUAAAUA